AUGGCAGAUUCUAAACAAGACAUCAGUCUUCAACAGCAGAAUGAUGUUGACAUUGAAGCUCACAAAUCAUUGACAAAAGCUGAGGAAUAUGAACUAGUUGAGGAGGAGAAGAAGAAGAACCCUCAGGGGAAGGCUAAAACUAAGAGGGUGGCUUCAUUGGAUAUUUUCAGAGGCCUAACUGUUGCGUUGAUGGUACUGGUUGAUGAUGCUGGAGGAGAAUGGCCUGUGAUUACGCAUGCCCCAUGGAAUGGCUGCAAUCUUGCUGAUUUUGUGAUGCCAUUCUUCCUGUUUAUUGUGGGAGUGGCGAUUGCGCUUGCUCUCAAGAGAAUACCAAGCAGUUUAGUUGCUGUCAGAAAGGUGAUUUUCAGAACUAUCAAACUUAUCUUUUGGGGUCUUCUUUUGCAAGGGGGCUACUCUCAUGCACCUGAUAACCUAACUUAUGGGGUUGAUAUGAAAAAGAUAAGGUGGUUUGGCAUACUUCAGAGGAUUGCUCUUGCUUAUCUGGUAGUGGCAUUGCUAGAAAUUUCAACAAGAAAAACUCGACCUGAAGGUCUUCCACAUCAGUGGUUCUCUAUAUUCAAGAUCUAUAUGUGGCACUGGGUUUUGGGAGCAUGUGUCCUAAUAAUUUACUUGGCUGUGUUAUAUGGAACAUAUGUUCCAGAUUGGCAGUUCACUGUCCACAAUGAAGCUAGCACAGAAUUUGGAAAACUGUUAACUGCUUGCACUUAUAGUUCUCCUGGUGCAGGACCUUUUCGGAGUGAUGCUCCAACCUGGUGCUUGGCACCCUUUGAACCUGAAGGAAUUUUGAGUUCAAUUUCAGCUAUCCUCUCUACAGUUAUUGGAGUUCAUUUUGGACAUGUUCUUAUACAUAUAAAGGAUCAUUCAUCUCGUCUGUCACAUUGGGUUGCCAUGGGUUUGGCUCUUCUGGCAUUAGGAAUCAUUCUUCAUUUUACAGAUGCUAUUCCCUUAAACAAGCAACUGUAUACUUUCAGCUAUGUUUGUGUAACAGCUGGAGCAGCAGCUCUAGUGUUCUCAGCAUGCUAUGUUCUGGUUGACAUUUGGAAUUUGAGGUUUCUGUUUUUGCCUCUAGAAUGGAUUGGGAUGAAUGCUAUGUUUGUGUAUGUCAUGGCGGCAGGGGGCAUUUUUGCAGGGUUUAUUAACGGGUGGUACUAUGAAGAUCCUCAUAACACAUUGGUGCACUGGAUCCAGAAGCACAUAUUCGUAGAUGUUUGGCAUUCAAGGAGAGUUGGCAUUCUACUUCAGUUCAUCAAUCAAUCGAACAAAAUCCGGCGACCGAUAAUGGCAACUCCGAUGGCAGAAGACAGCAAUUUCGAAGAAGAUCAGCUACUUUCGAUGUCCACGGAAGAUAUUGUUCGGGCUUCUCGCCUUCUCGACAAUGAGAUUAGGAUUAUCAAGGAAGAAUUGCAGAGGACAAAUCUGGAAUUGGAUUCAUUCAAAGAGAAGAUAAAAGAAAAUCAGGAGAAGAUUAAGCUCAACAAGCAGCUUCCUUACUUGGUCGGCAACAUAGUUGAGAUUCUGGAGAUGAACCCAGAGGAAGAGGCUGAGGAAGAUGGUGCAAAUAUUGACCUUGACUCACAGCGGAAAGGAAAGUGUGUUGUAUUGAAAACAUCUACGAGACAGACGAUCUUCCUGCCUGUUGUUGGCCUUGUUGACCCUGAUAAAUUGAAGCCUGGUGAUUUGGUUGGUGUGAAUAAAGAUAGUUACUUGAUAUUGGAUACUUUGCCAUCUGAGUAUGAUUCUCGAGUCAAGGCUAUGGAAGUUGAUGAGAAACCUACUGAAGAUUAUAAUGAUAUUGGUGGCCUUGAGAAACAGAUCCAAGAGCUUGUUGAGGCAAUUGUUCUGCCAAUGACCCACAAGGAGCGGUUUCAGAAGUUGGGAAUUCGGCCGCCCAAAGGAGUACUUUUGUAUGGACCUCCAGGAACAGGCAAGACUUUGAUGGCUCGUGCAUGUGCUGCUCAAACAAAUGCCACUUUCCUCAAGUUAGCUGGCCCCCAGCUUGUUCAGAUGUUCAUUGGAGAUGGAGCAAAACUUGUCCGUGAUGCCUUCCAGCUCGCGAAAGAAAAAUCUCCUUGCAUAAUCUUUAUUGACGAGAUUGAUGCUAUUGGCACGAAGCGGUUUGAUAGUGAAGUUAGUGGAGAUAGGGAGGUCCAAAGGACUAUGUUGGAGCUGCUUAACCAGCUUGAUGGUUUCAGUAGUGAUGAACGGAUAAAGGUCAUAGCUGCAACCAAUAGGGCGGACAUAUUGGACCCUGCAUUGAUGAGAUCGGGUCGGCUUGAUCGUAAGAUUGAGUUUCCUCAUCCUACUGAGGAGGCUAGAGCUCGAAUCUUGCAGAUCCACUCAAGGAAGAUGAACGUUAACCAUGAUGUGAACUUUGAUGAGCUAGCUAGGUCCACAGAGGAUUUCAACGGGGCGCAAUUAAAAGCUGUUUGUGUCGAAGCUGGAAUGUUAGCGCUCAGGCGUGAUGCUACUGAGGUGAACCACGAAGAUUUCAAUGAAGGUAUCAUCCAAGUUCAAGCGAAGAAGAAAGCCAGCUUAAAUUAUUAUGCCUAG